AUGACUGAGAACAUGAAGGAGUGCUUGGCCCAGACCAAGGCAGCCGUAGGGGACAUGGUGACAGUGGUGAAGACAGAGGUCUGCUCACCACUCCGCGACCAGGAGUAUGGCCAGCCCUGCUCUAGGAGACCAGACUCCUCAGCCAUGGAAGUUGAGCCCAAGAAACUGAAGGGGAAGCGUGACCUCAUCAUGCCCAAAAGCUUCCAGCAAGUGGACUUCUGGUUUUGCGAGUCCUGCCAGGAGUACUUUGUGGACGAGUGCCCGAACCAUGGUCCCCCGGUGUUCGUGUCUGACACGCCGGUGCCCGUGGGCAUCCCAGACCGGGCGGCCCUCACCAUCCCUCAGGGCAUGGAGGUGGUGAAGGAAGCCAGUGGAGAGAAUGACGUACGAUGCAUAAACGAGGUCAUCCCCAAGGGCCAUAUCUUCGGCCCCUACGAGGGGCAGAUCUCCACCCAGGACAAAUCAGCUGGCUUCUUCUCGUGGCUGAUUGUAGACAAGAACAACCGCUACAAGUCCAUAGAUGGGUCAGACGAGACUAAAGCCAACUGGAUGAGGUACGUGGCCAUCUCCCGGGAGGAGCGGGAGCAGAACCUGCUGGCGUUCCAGCACAGCGAGCGCAUCUACUUCCGGGCGUGCAGGGACAUCCGGCCUGGCGAGCGGCUGCGGGUCUGGUACAGCGAGGACUACAUGAAGCGCCUGCACAGCAUGUCCCGGGAAACCAUCCACCGCAAUCUGGCCAGAGGAGAGAAGAGGUUGCAGAGGGAGAAGUCUGAGCAGGCUCUGGAUAACCCAGAAGACCUGAGGGGUCCCAUUCAGCUCCCCGUGUUGAGACAGGGCAAAAGUCCCUACAAGCGUGGCUUUGACGAGGGGGAUGUGCAUCCCCAGGCCAAGAAGAAGAAAAUUGACCUCAUUUUCAAGGAUGUGCUGGAGGCCUCGUUGGAAUCUGCGAAGGUGGAAGCCCACCAGCUGGCACUGAGCACCUCGCUGGUCAUCAGGAAAGUCCCCAAGUACCAGGAUGACACCUACAGUCGGUGUGCAACGACCAUGACCCGUGGCGUGCAGAAUGUCGGCCGGACCCAGGGGGAAGGGGACUGGAAGAUCCCCCAGGGGGUUUCCAAGGAGCCGGGCCCACUGGAGGAUGAAGAAGAGGAGCCUUCAUCAUUCAAGGCUGACAGUCCUGCCGAGGCUUCCCUUGCCUCUGACCCUCACGAACUUCCCACCACCUCCUUUUGCCCUAACUGUAUCCGCCUAAAGAAGAAGGUCCGGGAACUGCAGGCAGAGUUAGACAUGCUUAAGUCUGGGAAGCUUCCUGAGCCCCCCGUAUUGCCACCACAGGUACUGGAGCUCCCAGAGUUCUCAGACCCUGCAGGUAAGUUGGUAUUGAUGAGAUUAUUACCGGAGGGAUGA